AUGGAGACGGAGAUCGCGGAGGCCGGCAGUGAUGAGGUCGCAUUCGCGAUGCGCGCCCUGCACCACCUCAUGCGCGCCGACGCGUGCAGGCCCGGCGCGGGCGCCAGCAACCUCGCCAUCUCCCCGCUCUCCAUCCACGCGGCGCUGGUGCUACUCGGCGCGGGGGCGCGCGGCGCCACGCUCGACGAGAUCGUCGCCGUCCUCGGCCCCGCCGGAGGCCACGCCCACGCGCUGCUCGCGUCACGCGUCGCCCUGCGCGUGCUCGCCGACGCCGACGGCGAGAACGGCGGGCCGAAGCUGCGGUUCGCCAACGGCGUCUGGGUGGACGACGCGGCGGCCCGCCUCAAGGCCGACUACACCGGCGUCGUCGCCGAGCAUUACCGCGCCCAAGCUCGCCAGGCCUCCUUCUCGACAAUGCCCGACGUGUCGAGGAACUCGAUCAACCAGUGGUUCGAGGCGGCGACGGCGGGGCUAAUCAAGGACUUCCUCCCCAGCGGCUCCGUCAGCGCCGCCACGCGCUGCAUCCUCGCGAACGCGCUCUACUUCAAGGGCGUCUGGGACACCAAGUUCGACGCCCAGCUCACGCAGCCAGGAACCUUCCACCUGCCGGCCAACAGGGAAGUCCUUGUGCCCUUCAUGUCGAGCCGACUGAGCCAGUACAUCGCCUGCUGCCCCGACUGGAAGGUCCUCAAGCUCCUCUACGCGUGCGGCGGCAUUGACGAGAGCCGCCGGCGGCAGUUCGCCAUGUACAUCUACCUCCCGAACCAGCGGAACGGCCUGCAGAGCAUGGUGCAGAAGCUGGCCGCCAGCCCGGACCUGCUCAACCAGGUCUCCAUGGAUAUCUGGGCCAACAAGGUCCCCGUGGGCGACUUCAGGGUGCCCAAGUUCACCAUAUCCUACAAGGCGGAGGCGACGGGGCUGCUGCAGGGCCUCGGCCUGCGCCUGCCGUUCGACCACCAAGCCGCCGACUUCUCGGAGAUGCUGGAGUCGACGGACACGGCGGACCAUCGGGGGUUCGUCGUCUCCAAUGUGUAUCACCAGUCCUUCGUUGAAGUAAAUGAACAAGGGACCGAGGCGGCCGCGGCGACCAUGUUCGGUUGUUACGGUGCCGGUUGUUCGUCUGUGGUUAGGACGCCGGUCCCAGUAGUAGACUUCGUCGCCGACCACCCCUUCAUGUACUUGAUCAAGGAGGAGCUCACCGGCGUCGUGGUUUUCGCCGGCCAAGUCGUCAAUCCAUCGCUCUAAAUUUUGAUGCAGGCUCAUGACUCGUAUGAAGGUCAAUCCAGUCGC